AUGCGGCACUACAUAAUUUGCAUUCGCCUUCUAUUUAUAAUGGUUACGUUGAUAAGAUCCGUCUUCUUAUCACAACCAUCUAUUCUAGAACUCGAUAAGGUGAUAGCAGAUAUUGAGAGCACAAAACAGAAAAACAACGAAGUGUGCGACGAAACCGAUAAAAUUGCAAAUUGGAACAUAUACUGCAGUGGUCCUAUACUCACCGCAAUGAAUUUGCAUCAGGUGGAAAUGGAUUCAAAAACAUUCGUCGACAGACCGUUGAAAGCCGAUCCCGACGUGGUUUUACAAGAAUUUAAAAAGGAAUUCGGAAAGACAAAGAUAGCAAAUAUUAGUGUGCAGAAGCUUAUAAAUUUUCGAAAUCGCUUUUUUGGUGAGCCAGGCACGGAAUUGAAGGGUUGCGUUAUUCCGGAAUGGAAGGAAUUACCACCGAAAAUUGCUAGGAUAAAGGAUGAAAACCUGAAACGUUUUGCACUAUUUUUGAAUCAAAGAUGGAAAGAUCUAUGCAGACAAAUGACUAGAAUCGAGAAUCCUAAACAGAAUUCCCUGAUCGAAGUACCCCAUCCAUUCAUUGUCCCAGGUGGUCGAUUCAGGGAAUUUUAUUAUUGGGACGCAUAUUGGAUUGUGAAAGGUUUAAUUGCAAGUGACCUACUCGUAAUGGUCAGGAAUAUGCUGAAGAACUUCAUCCAUUGUGUCAAAAAAUGA